UAUAACAAGCCCCUUUACCCGAUAUCUGUGUUUCAGCUGCAAUUAGAAGUGGAUCGCUUGGAGGAACUGAAAAUGCAAAACAUGAAGAAAGUGAUUGAGGCGAUACGAGUGGAGCUGGCUAAGUACUGGGACCAGUGUUUCUACAGUCAGGAGCAGAGACAAGCUUUUGCUGCUUAUUAUGAUGAGGACUACACAGAAAGUCUGCUCCAGGUCCAUGACGCUGAGGUUGUGCGGUUAAGAAACUACUACGAGGUUCACAAAGAACUCUUUGAAGGCGUGCAGAAGUGGGAAGAAAGCUGGAGGCUUUUCUUAGAGUUUGAGAGAAAAGCAUCAGAUCCAAGUCGAUUUACAAAUCGAGGAGGAAAUCUUCUGAAAGAGGAAAAGCAACGAGCCAGGCUCCAGAAAACACUCCCUAAGCUGGAGGAGGAAUUGAAGGCCCAGAUUGAGAUGUGGGAACAGAAACACUCAGCAGCGUUCGUGGUCAAUGGGCAGAAGUUUAUGGAGUACGUGACUGAGCAGUGGGAGACGCAUCGGUUAGAGAAGGAGCGAGCCAAGCAGGAAAGGCAACUGAAGAACAAGAAGCAGACGGAGACAGAGAUGCUGUACGGCAGUACUCCCAGGACACCCAACAAGCGGCGAGGACUGACUCCCACCACCCCGGGCAAAGUGCGCAAGCUGAACACUACCACCAUGUCCAAUGCCACGGCCAACAGUAGCAUUCGGCCUGCCUUUGGGGGGACAGUCUACCGCUCCCCCGUGUCUCGACUUCCACCUUCUGGCAGCAAGCCAAUCUUCACUUCCACCUGUUCAGGGAAGAAAAACCCCCGUGCUGGUCGGCAUGGAGCCGACAAGGAGAACCUGGAGCUCAAUGGCAGCUUGCUGAGCGGUGGGUACCCCGGCUCGGCCCCCCUCCAGCGCAACUUCAGCAUUAACUCUGUUGCCAGCACCUACUCUGAGUUUGCGGUAAUUGACCUUUUCUAGUAUCUGCCAGUCUCUGGGGAGCACA